ACUCGGAUGAGGAUGAAGGUGAGGGAGAAGGAAGUGGAGAAGGGAAUGAUGAGGAAGAAGUACAAAGGAAGAGUGGAUCAUCAUCGAAAUCACAAGAGCACAUCGAUUCAACUAAAACCUCGGCAGCAUCUACUCAGAAUUAUCAAGAUUUUGAAGAUGACGAAGACGAUGAGGACACUCCUUUACCAAGAGAUGGCCGCAGACGUGAGGGUCACAAGGAUAAUGAGGACACUCCUUCACCCAGAGAUGGUCGCAAACGUGAGGGUCACAAGGAUGAUGAGGGCACUCCUUUAGCAAGAGAUAGUCGCAGACGUGAGGGUCACAAGGAUGAUGAGGGCACUCCUUUA